GCUGCUGCAUCAUCCACUUGCUUGGGACGCGCACAACCUGGAUUAUUUCCCGGUGGUUUCGUACAAGUCCUGCAGGCUCUAACUGACUAUUUUUUUUUUUUAUUUAAUUAUUAUUAUGCGAGUUUUUACUUGAGCGUACAAGGAACUCUUCUUUGUAUUUAUUUGGUGGAAAAGGACUGUUUCAUUACAACGUACGACUUCAAUGCCACAUUCAAGAACCAUGAACAAAAAAGGAAUGGUGACAAAAAUCCACACCAGGAUAAGGACUGACCCGUUCACUGGCAGUUACGAGCUGGUCGGUAAAGAACUUGGCAGGGGAAAGUUUGCAGUUGUGAAGAAGUGCAUUGAGAAGGCGACGGGGAAGCAGUAUGCUGCCAAGUUCCUGCGAAAGCGACGGAAGGGCGAAGACUGCCGCAUGGACAUCUUAAAUGAGAUUGCUGUGCUGGAGCUGGCCGAGGCAAACCCCUUUGUGGUGGCGCUGCAUGAAGUCUAUGAAACCAACACUGAAAUCAUUCUCGUUCUAGAGUGUGCUGCCGGUGGUGAAAUCUUCAACCAGUGUGUUGCGGACAAUGAUGAGGCCUUCACAGAGAAAGAUGUGAUACGGCUGGCCGGGCAGAUCCUGACCGGAGUGGCCUUUCUGCAUCGGAACAAUGUGGUGCAUCUGGAUCUAAAACCUCAGAACAUUUUGCUGACCAGUGCCACACCACUAGGGGACAUUCGUAUUGUGGACUUUGGCUUGUCUAGACGAAUGGAUGACAUCACAGAAGUCAGGGAGAUCCUGGGUACCCCAGAGUAUGUGGCCCCAGAGAUCCUGAACUACGAACCCAUUAGCACUGCUACAGAUAUGUGGAGUAUUGGGGUUCUGACCUACGUCAUGCUGACAGGCGAGUCUCCCUUUCUGGGUGCUGACAAACAGGAGACAUUCCUCAACAUCUCUCAAGUCAACAUAGAUUAUUCCCCGGAUACAUUCGAGGGCAUCUCUUCCCAGGCUGUUGACUUCAUCAAGUCCUUGUUGGUUAAAACCCCCCGGAAGAGGGCCACAGCAGAAGAAUGCCUCAAUCACCCCUGGCUGAACUCCCAUCCCCAUCCUCACCCACACCUCCCCAACAGGUCAGCUUCCUCUUUGGAUGAGCCGGAAACAAGUCAGUCCGAGUCCGAGCCCGAGAGCCCGGCUCCAACCCCUGAGCUAGACAUCCUUGAGUCGUAUCUCAGGUGCCCAGGGCAAGGUGAGCUGAAGGCAGGCCGUGAUGCGUUCUCCUUCAGCGAGCCCCCUUUCUGCACGCGACCCGAAAUCCAGCAGGGGCUGAUUUGCUAACUGAUAUUUGUGGAAAGAGACUUGGUAACUUAAAACUUCACGGAGCAAACCCUGAAAACCUGUAAGCCUGCAGAUUCUUGGUUUUGAUCUGAACUGGGACCGUGUUCGGUGGCUGCAGUAUGCCUGGCUAUUCCUACUGCUGCAAUGUCUGUGAGCUAAGCUCUGUAUAGUCUGAUACCUGUGCGUGUGCGUUUGUCACUGUGUUGAAUUAUGCAUGCUACUCAAUGCUGGUUAGAAUGAUUGUACAGAAGGAAUAUGAGAGGGCUGGAGAUGCAGGACAAAGGAGUGGGAGGAAAACAAGGACUUGGUUGCAGGACUGCACUGCUGCCUUACAUGACAAAUCUGAACUCGGCUCAGCUAAACACUGGCUAGUUCACCCCUGCACGCAUACUGCUUUAUACCCAGUUAGCCUUUUGGACUGGGUUUCAGAGGAGAGAUGGGCUCCCACUUCCUUGGAUGACUUCACUCACUGUGCGCUCUCAUCAAGACAAGUUAUGCUUUAGUUGACCCAACGCAUACAUUCUGUGGUGAGUUGAGGAAAGUAAAUAAUUUUGACAGUAGAUCUACGUUACAAAAAAAAAAAAAAAUGAAAGCAAUGAGCAGCACCUAUACUAAAGCCAGAUGUUAACUGUUCUGCUGUUUAUUAAUGUGUGUUUAUACCAUUUUAGCCCCUCAAACAGUCAAAGCCGCAUCAACGCCUGAGGUUAAGAUGGAUAUGGUAGCAUUCUUAUUAUUAAUGACAAUCAUGAGCACUUUUAUUUUAUUAUUGGACUUUUGUAUGAAACCAAAGGCUCAUCAUGCACAUGUGGGUGUCCCACAAUGCACUGUAAAUAGUAACCAAUCUCCAUCACACGUUUUUGUCGCCUGGUCUGUUUUUCUUUUUUUUGUUUUUUGUUUUUCCUUUAUUAAUAUUAAGUGCCACUCUUUCAACCUCACUUCUGUUAUUACAGUUUCAAGAUUUACUUUUGCCAGUUUUGUUGGCCAUUGCACAAGUUGCACAUUUUUUUUUCUUUUGGGUAUACCAAACUGCGAGGUUGCCACUAGAUUUCAUGCUUUUCAGAUAUUGUGACAUCAGUCUCGGAAAGAGGGAAUCGCAGGAGGAGAGUCUUAUUUUAUGUGUAUUAGAUAAGAUAUAAUGUCAUGGAAAACUGAAGAAGCAGAUUUCUUUGAAUAUGUGAUGUUUGCCUUUAGAUGCUUGGGAGCAGAGAACUUGUAUUUUCUCAUAAAGUACUGAAAUGUAUAUUGCGUUUGUGUUUUUUUUUUUUUGUUUGUUUUUUUUACCAGUGUAUGGAUGUUAAUGUCAUCAUGUCCUAUUUGGUAUGUUAACUUUUAUGUAUUGUUUCUUCCUCUUGAAUUUCAGGAGGGUUUGCACUUGUCCUUGUGGACGUUAUGUUAAAAUUAAUAAAUGUUGAUGGCUUCCAUUAUAAAAUUUAACAAUCAUGAAAAAUACAUUUGCAUUUUGUAUCAAAA